GUUUAGUGACAGAUUAGUUACAGGUUGUUUGUUUAUUCAUUUUAAGAAGUCUGGACCGUCUAUCACCAUGUAUGUGUGGAUGAUAUACUUUAGUUUUUUGCUUUUGAUUGGAUUUUUAUAUAACCGCUUUCCUUACUUUCUGCCUGAUAUUCAGUUCGUUAGAAAAGUGUUAUUGAACAGAUACCGUCUAUCAAAGGUCAAAACGAGAAACAACACAAUUCUCGACCGAUUCUUGGAAUCUGUGAAGAGCAUUCUGUUUGAGGAUAAAUCUUACUCGUAUUUGGACGCUGAACACAUGAGCAACAAAGUUGCCAGAGUCUUGCUGCAACACAGCAACAUUGAUGAAGGAGAUACAGUUGCAGUUUUUUUAGGAAAUCACCCUUUUUUUCUGUGGAUUUGGUUGGGAUUGGUUAAAAUAGGAUGUUCUGCUGCUUUUCUGAACUACAAUAUGAGGUCGAGAUCAUUGCUGCAUUGCUUUUCCUGCAGUGGGGCAAAUGUACUGAUAGUGGCUGAAGAACUUAAAGAAGCGGUUGAGGAGAUCUUGCCGACUCUGAGAGAGCAGAACGUCACGGUCUUCAUCCUGACCGACCAGUGCACCACCGCCGCCAUGGAAAGUUUCACCGACAAGAUUAGUCAAGCCUCACCUGAACCAAUACCAGCUAAAAUGAGGUCAAAAGUCACACUGAUGAGUCCUGCAGCCUACAUUUACACUUCAGGCACAACAGGUCUUCCCAAAGCAGCAAUGCUGACCCACAUGAAAUUGCAGGCCGUGUCCUUUUCUCAUUCAAGUUUUGGAGUGUCUUCCUCUGAUGUGUUUUACAUAAAUCUUCCCCUCUACCACUCUGCUGGCUUCUUUGCAUUCGUUGGAACCAUUGAGAGAGGUUCCACUAUAGCCCUGCGGAGAAAAUGUUCUGCCUCUCACUUCUGGGACGACUGCAUAAGGUUCAAUGUGACAGUGAUACAGUACAUAGGUGAAACCCUACGAUAUAUCUGCAGCACACCAAAGAGACCCAAUGACCGGAGUCAUAAAGUGAGGAUUGCAAUAGGGAACGGAGCCAGAGCAGAUGUGUGGAGAGAGUUUCUGGACCGCUUCGGACACAUCAGCGUCAAUGAGCUGUACGCGUCAACAGAAGGAAACGUCAGCCUGUUCAACUACGUUGGGAAGAUCGGUGCUGUUGGGCGAGUCAACUUCUUUCACAAGUGGAUGUUUCCCUAUGCCCUUGUUAAAUAUGACAUAGAGAGAGAAGAGCCUUUUAGGAACUCUGAGGGUUUCUGUAUCAAAGCAGCUACAGGUGAGGCUGGACUGCUAGUCACCCGGAUUACACAGAUGACACCUUUUAAUGGCUAUGUCAGGGAUGUAAAACAGACUGAAAAGAAGAGGCUGCAUGAUGUCUUUGUGAAGGGGGACCAGUACUUUAACACUGGAGAUCUUCUAUGGAUUGAUGGGGAGAACUUCUUACACUUUAAGGAUCGUGUUGGGGACACAUUCAGGUGGAAGGGGGAAAACGUUUCCACAAAUGAAGUAUCAGAUAUCCUCACAAUGGUGCACGGUAUCCAGGAGGCUAACGUUUACGGUGUAAAAGUGCCUAGCCAAGAGGGACGGGCUGGAAUGGCAGCCAUUAGAUUGAAAGAGGGGGAGCCCUUUGACGGCACCGGCACAUGCAGACAUGUCUCCAGCUACCUACCUGCUUAUGCCAGACCCCGCUUCAUAAGAAUUCAGGAGUCUCUGGCAAUUACGGGAACGUUCAAGCAUAUGAAGUUGAGGUUGGUGGGGGAAGGGUUCAACCCAGGUGGAAUCUCGGAUCGUCUGUACCUUCUGGAUGAGAAAACCAAGAAUUAUGUUCCACUAACACAGGGGAUGUAUGACUCCAUUGUAUUAGGAAUAGUGAAAGUUUAAAUUUAACUCUGAAUUCCCAAAGAGUUUUGGGCUUUUUUGAGUAUUGACGCUUUCUUUAAAUUCCUUUCAUCUCUUCCAUUCACGUGCAUGUUAUAAUAAAAUGCUGCAUGCAUUUCCAGUUGCAAAUAUUUUUAUAAAGCUUUGAUUUGAAGUCCAAGAGGCGUCAAUGUAAGCUUGAAUAAAAAUGAGUGAUUGUAUCAAGAGCAAUGAGUGUCACUACAUUUCUACUUCAAAUUGUACGUAAUGUAUCAAUACCUUCAGAGAUUCUGUGUCCUUCCAUCCUGCAAAAAGAGAAUGAGCAUUCUAAAAUGUUUUCAUUAAAACUUCACAGAUACCGAGUUGUUUUAGGGUGUAACCUUCUUCUGCCUGCCAAAAAGUAACACACCACACUACCACACCCAGUUUUCAGAUUUUCUAAAUUACCAUUUAAUUGACAUUUUAAUAAGUCUUAAUUAUGUAAUUAUUGGAAGACACCGGUUUGGGAAGGUUGUUUUGUUCAUUUUAAACUGCGCUGUGAAGAAAUCCUAAAAGUUGAAGUGUGGCGACAAGCAGGUGCCUGUAUGAAAUGCUUGAGCCCUUCUGA